AUGGAAACUGGAGAAUUUCCUACAUGGCUUGAGGUUCUGUUGAAGGACAAGUUUUUCAACGCUUGUUUGGAUCAUGAAGACGUUAAGAAGAACGAGAAGAACAUUUUGUGUGUCGAUUGUUGUCUUAGCAUCUGUCCUCACUGUAUCCCUUCACACUCCUCUCAUCGUCUUCUUCAGAUAAGAAGAUAUGUGUAUCGCGACGUUUUGAGAGUAGAAGAUGGUUCAAAGCUAAUGGACUGUUCUUUAAUUCAGCCAUACACAUCGAACAGUUCAAAAGUCGUGUUCAUCAAUGAAAGACCCAAGUGUCGACAGUUUCGUGGUUCCGGCAACAAUUGUAUCACCUGUCACCGGAGUCUCCAGUCUCCUUACAGCUUCUGCUCUCUCUCCUGCAAGAUAAGUGACGUCAUAAUGAGACAAAGAGAGCUUUCAGGGUUUCUCCGAGUCUGCAACGUUCUUCAUUUAACCGACGAAGGAACCACAACGACGACUCCGAGCUCCACUCUCGAACCAACCGGGUCGACCCGAACAUCUUCCGGGUCAGGCGGCGGUAACGGAGGAGUAGGAGACAUGUUCUGGUGUCAAGCGCUCGCUUGCACCGCCACGACGGAGAUAGUUCGGAAAAAAAGAAGCAGCUUGUCGUCGACUUGCCGGAGAGUUACGACGGUGGUUUCUCCGACUAACACGGAAGCUCCGGCGAACUUUGUUAACCGUCGGAAGAAUACACCACCGCAUAGAGCUCCACUCUAUUAG